AAAAAACGAUAAAAUAUUAAAAUUAAUUAGUACCAUUAUUAAAGAAAAAUAAAGCCAAAAAAGCCAUUUGACAACAAUAAUGAAGCCACUACCAAAUUAUGUCACUAUCUUAAUGCUAUCACAUGCUACUCAUCAAUAUCCCCUUGUGAACGUUGCUUAUUAGCUUUUUCUACAUAUUAUGAUGAUGACAUAAAAAACCAAAGUUCCGAUAAAUUGGACUUUAAUUUGCGUAUUCCCUUUAGCAAGUUUUAAAGUGUAUAAUUUGGAGAUGAUGUUAGUACAUAAUAUUUGAUUUAGAAUUGGCGAUGGAGGAAGAGUGCGACUAUCUGUUCAAGGCGGUUCUAAUAGGAGACUCGGCGGUUGGGAAGUCGAAUCUGCUGUCGAGGUUUGCGAGAGAUGAGUUCUGCUUGGAGUCGAAGCCGACCAUCGGAGUCGAAUUCGCCUACCGGAAUAUUAGGGUCGCCGAUAAGCUCAUCAAAGCUCAGAUAUGGGACACGGCCGGCCAAGAAAGAUUCCGAGCCAUCACGAGCUCGUACUACCGCGGGGCAAUGGGUGCCCUCCUAGUUUACGACAUAACGAGGAGGUCUACAUUUGAGAGCUUAAGGAAGUGGUUGAAGGAGUUAAGAGAGUUCGGCAGCCGUGAGAUGGUGGUGGUGCUCGUCGGAAACAAGUCGGACCUCACCCAUUCCAGAGAGGUCAGCUUGGAAGACGGCCAAACCCUAGCGCAGCUUGAGGACCUAUCCUUCAUGGAAACUUCAGCCAAGGAGAAUUCCAACGUGGAGGAUGCGUUUUUGCAGAUGAUCAAUAGGAUCUAUGACCUCACAUCUCACAAAACCCUAACCCUAGACACUAAACUAAGUGAUGAUGAUGAGAAGAGUAGUAGCAUCAACGUCGAAACAUUAAAUGGGAACAAGGAAAUCAUAUGUAUCGAUGAAGUGUCCGCCACUAAACAAACUAGUCGAUGUUGCUCUUAUUGAACCCAAGCUGAUUGCUUUAUUGUAAGUAUAUUAUUAAUUUGUUUGUGUUUGGAAAUGGUGGACUGAAAAUGGUAUUAUGUGUUGAUUGAA